AUGGAUCGGAUUAGCGUCUUGACAGAUGAUUUGAUCUUGAAGAUACUGUCUAUGAUUCCAACGAAAGUUGCAGUGACCACAAGCGUUUUGUCAAAACGUUGGUGUUCACUUUGGAAACAUGUGCCACAGCUCUCGUAUAGUGACCCAUUUGGUGGCUGCGAGUUCUGGAGAGCUUCCCGUUUCGUUGAGAAGUUUUUGCUGCUACACGAGGCUCCUGUCCUGGACACUCUGACCCUCAUACUUAGUCGAAAUUGUCCUCCUACAGAUAUAUCAACAUGGAUUAGUAUUGCAGUUUCUCGUGGUCUGCGAAACCUUCAAUUGUACAUGUAUGGACCCUGUUCCACGCCCAUACGGUUGCCUAGGAGCCUAUACACAUGUCAGACCCUUGUAAGUUUAAUCCUACAAAACGUAGUCAUUGUGGAUGUUCCUUUGACAAUAUGUUUCGGGUCACUCAAGACUAUGUAUCUUGAACGUGUGGAUGUCUCAGACGAUGAAAACUUUGGUAGGCUUUUGUCCGGUUGCACUGUCCUUGAAAGUCUGAUUGUGAACUUUUGCAGCUAUGAUAAGACUUUCACAGUCGACGUGCCUUCAUUGAAGAGCUUAUUAGUCUUGGACUUGAAACCUGCUUCAGUACAAGUCCCAGGAGAUGAUGAUGCUGGGGUUGUGAUCAAAGCUCCUUCUUUGAGCUCGUUAAUGAUUUCUGAUCAGUUUACUUGGGUUUGUUCCUUAGUGGAUAUGCCCAAGCUCGUGAAUGCUUCUAUCAAGCUUGCACAUAGCUACUCUAAGAAGCUUGCGGGAUGUCUUACCUCAGCCAAACACCUUUGCUUAUGUGUAAAAUCACCAGUGGAUUCAUUUUUAAUAGGCGUCUUCCACCAGCUCGUGUCUCUGAACCUCUGUACAUGCACUUCUCAUAGGUUCUUCCUUCUACUCAGCCAUACCCCUAAACUCCGAGUUCUGAGGUUCCAACCUCAAGGAAAUUUGCCUCCAGACCUAAAUGCUCUUGAGAGAUGUUGCAGCAGUCACGGAGAUUUCCCAACUCCGAGUUGUGUUCCUGAAUGUUUGAUUUCGAGUCUCGAAACUGUCGAGUGGAUUGAUUACAGAGGAACAGAAGCAGAGACAAAAGUGGUUAAGUAUUUGUUCGAGAACUCUCAACAGCUAAAGAAAAUGGCUAUUAGAUGCUUACCAUCCAUCGAUUUGGCAGAGAAACACAAGAUGUUGAUAGAUUUAGCGUCUACGCAGAGGAGUUCUAGCAAAUGUCAGCUUUCAUUCACCUGA